AUGCGGGGUUUUGCUCCUGUAAGAGGUAGUCUAAAAUUUCCAGUUCGUAUUAGAGAGGCAGUCAGCCUCCCUGUUUUCCUAGCAAACCCAUUUAUGAGACCUGUGAAGUCCAAGCAAAAAGAAAUAUACUCAACAAAAUGGCUUCGGAGACUUACCUUCCUUGCAAUUUAUUGUCCGCGCAGGCUGUCUGAUCCAUUACAGUAUCAAUCAAUUGUAUAUGCUGAAUGGAAUAUUAUUUACGAUAAGUUGGAUAAAUGUGUAAAACUUGGAGCUAACGUUGUUCUGUCACGGCUUGCUAUUGGUGAUCUGGCCACACAGGUUUUGACUUCUCGAGAUAUAUUUUAUGCAGGUCGUGUGACUGAAGAAGAUCUGCAGCGGGUUGCAGCUGCUACUGGUGGAACUGUGCAGAUAACUGUGAAUAAUAUUAUUGAUGAGGUUCUUGGAUCUUGUGAGCUCUUUGAGGAGAAGCAAGUUGGAAAUGAACGGCUUAAUAUAUUUAGUGGAUGCCCAUCAGGUCAGACUGCUACUCUUGUUCUUCGUGGUGCAGCUGAUCAGUUCAUUGAAGAGGCUGAAAGAAGUUUGCACGAUGCAAUUAUGAUUGUCAGAAGGACUCUAAAAAAUUCUACUGUAGUUGCCGGUGGUGGGGCUAUUGAUAUGGAGAUAAGUCGAUACUUAAGGCAGCAUGCACGCACGAUAGCUGGGAAAUCCCAACUCUUCAUAAACUCUUAUGCAAAAGCAAUUGAGGUUAUUCCACGACAACUGUGUGGCCAUGCUGGUUUUGAUGCAACUGACGUUUUGAACAAACUGAGACAGAAACAUGCUCUUUCAUCUGGAGAGGGUGCACCCUAUGGUGUAGAUAUCAACACUGGUGGAAUUGCUGAUUCAUUCGCAAACUUUGUCUGGGAGCCAGCAGUCGUAAAGAUAAAUGCUAUAAAUGCUGCAACUGAAGCAGCCUGCCUUGUCUUGAGCGUUGAUGAAACAGUGAAAAAGCCGAAGUCUGAGGGUGUGCAGGGAGAAGCUGCUGCAAGAGCUAUGGGCAGCAGAGGGCGUGGUGGAGCUGCUUUUCGGGGACGUGGGCGUGGGAUGAGGAAGGGAUAG